UCUUCCCAUAAUCACUUCUUCCUACACCUAAAACCUCACACACAUUACCCCACACACACACACACUCACUAGAGUCAUGGCACCACCAUUUCUCACUUUUAUCAUCCUAUCUCUCUUCUCUCUCACCCUCACUUUUGCCUCCAAAGUACAACCUCCAGAGCACACCGUACAACAAGUACAAAGGAGUUUGAAUGAUUCCAGAAGGAAUCUGGGUUUCUUGUCAUGUGGGACAGGAAACCCAAUUGACGACUGCUGGCGGUGUGACCCACACUGGGAGAAAAACCGCCAGCGUCUGGCAGACUGUGCCAUUGGGUUUGGAAAAGGAGCUGUUGGUGGUCGGGAUGGGAAAAUAUAUGUGGUGACUGACUCUGGUGAUGACGAUGCCGUAAACCCGAAACCUGGGACCUUACGGUAUGGCGUCAUCCAAGACGAGCCGCUCUGGAUUAUAUUCCAGCGCGACAUGGUGAUUAAACUUAAACAAGAAUUAAUCAUGAAUAGUUUUAAAACAAUAGAUGGACGUGGGGCUAGUGUACAUAUAGCUGGUGGGUCCUGCAUUACCAUUCAAUAUGUUACAAAUAUUAUAAUUCACGGAAUUAAUAUUCAUGAUUGUAAGCAAAGUGGUAAUGCAAUGGUGAGAAGCUCUCCAAGACAUUUUGGAUUUAGGACUAUAUCGGAUGGUGAUGGUGUGUCGAUUUUCGGAGGAAGUCAUGUGUGGGUCGAUCAUUGUUCGCUAUCAAAUUGCGCUGACGGCCUGAUCGAUGCGAUCAUGGGCUCGACCGCAAUUACGAUAUCUAACAAUUACAUGACUCACCAUGAUAAAGUUAUGCUUUUGGGCCAUAGUGAUUCUUAUGAGAAUGACAAAAACAUGCAAGUUACAAUUGCCUUUAACCACUUUGGUGAAGGGUUGGUCCAAAGAAUGCCCAGAUGUAGACAUGGGUAUUUUCAUGUGGUGAACAACGACUACACUCAUUGGGAGAUGUAUGCAAUUGGUGGGAGCGCAAACCCGACUAUAAAUAGUCAAGGGAAUAGAUUCCUCGCACCCGAUAGAAGAUUUAGCAAAGAGGUGACAAAACACGAGGAUGCACCCGAGAGCAGCUGGAAAAACUGGAAUUGGAGAACGGAAGGUGACUUGAUGUUGAAUGGUGCAUUUUUCACACCGUCAGGCGCUGGGGCUUCGUCUAGUUAUGCAAGAGCUUCUAGCCUUGGGGCUAGGCCCUCGUCGGUUGUAGCCACCCUCACAACCAACGCCGGAGCCCUUGUUUGCAGAAAAGGCUCGCGUUGUUGAUCCAUAUACAACAUUCUAAUUAAAGCCAUUUCUUUGAUCGAAUUGGUCAAGACUAUAUAUCAUCCAUGAUUUGGGGAUAUUUUAUUAGGGGUUUUAUAUUAUUUUUUUUCUAUAGCUUUUUCUAUUCCGUUCCUCCAUUAUUUAUGGGGUAGUUUUACUUUUAUAUCUUGUCUUUUUUACUUUUACUUUUGCAGCCUUUGUUUUUGACUAUGUUGUUCCCAAGUACAACCUCGGCUUGUCACUCUAUAGAUACCAUGAGAUGUUUCAUUUUGGACACCUAAUGGUUUAGAGUAUUCGCGAGUUAAGUAGUGUUGCAUUGUAUAUUUAUUUAAAAACAUAUAUAUAAAUAUCUAUGAUUUCAAGAAA